AUGUCUUUCGCACCAGGCCCUCUGCCAGUUGCAACGAACUCUGGCGCUUGUUCGAUUUGGGCCCGUCGUAUGAUGACCAAAUCAGUGGCUACGAGUGAGAGUGAAGUAGAACUCAACAUUCUCUCGCUUCUUCUCGAUGUACCUCUUGCCUCACUUGAUGAGAAGGAUCUCGUUAUGUGUCCUGUAUCGCUCCCAAGUCGAUCCUCACCAUGGGCUUUUACUGCUGCAUCUGCUGGCUUUUCGAUGAGUCGCAGUUGCAGUAGCCUCUUGGAACCCACGAUGCAGCGUUGUAAAUCAAUGGACUACUUGAACCAACCCGACCAUCUUGAAAUGCAUACCGCACAAACCGCAGUCAGAGCUGCACUUGACGUCUUGCAAGAACCUACUCUUUCUUGUGGACCUCGAAUUUCAACCAGCAACAACCUCGAUGCUGGCAUGGGUAGAGCAUGUUUAACUUCCCCUCUUUCGCCAGCUUCGCCAGCUUCGCCAGCUUCUCCUGUUUCUUCCGUUGAAUCAUGCUUCUCGGGAAGCGAAACAGAUGGAAGGAGAAAAGGUCGUGCUAGAAUGUCACAAGAAAAGCGCAAACGUCUAGCCCGUAGGCGUGAGAGAGAAGCUCUUCUUGCUGCCCUAUACCUUCCUACACAAUCAGCCUUGCCGGAUAGUUGUUUUAGCCAUAGUGCAAGCAGUGCAGGAUUUGCAGGGUUUGAGGGAUACCAAGACUUUUCAAGUGCAAACUCUUCUCAGAGAUCAGGUAUGCGGUUCGAACUUUCUUCGCCUGCAAUCAGGAAUGCAAGAGCUUGUUCGGCUUUGGGAAGCAUUGGUACGCCGCCUUCUUCCCCAAUAUCUCCUGCUGAUAGUGGUGGACAAUGCACAAGUCCUCCAAGACUUGUAGUGCAACCUCCUUCUCCACAAUGCAUUCGUCUUGUUGGCGCCAAUAACCGUACAAGGAUCAAACACCCUACCAGUUCCAACGCUUAUGCAUUGUGCAACAACUCUUCUCAUUUGGCCUCCGUGUAUUAG